AUGGCCGCCCAGGGAGAACCCUGCUACCAGGCGGCGCAGUCGGACCCGGGCUCCAACAGCGAGCGCAGCACAGACUCGCCCAUGCCGGGUUCCGAGGACGACCUGGUCGCUGGGGCGCCCUUGCAUAGCCCCGAGUGGAGCGAGGAACGCUUCCGCGUGGACAGGAAGAAACUUGAGGCCAUGUUACAAGCUGCUGCUGAAGGAAAAGGCAAAAGUGGGGAAGACUUUUUUCAGAAGAUCAUGGAGGAAACAAAUACGCAGAUUGCUUGGCCAUCAAAACUGAAGAUUGGAGCCAAAUCCAAGAAAGAUCCCCAUAUUAAGGUUUGUGGAAAGAAAGAAGAUGUUAAGGAGGCCAAGGAAAUGAUCAUGUCUGUCUUAGACACAAAAAGCAAUCGAGUCACCUUGAAGAUGGAUGUUUCACAUACAGAACAUUCUCAUGUAAUCGGCAAAGGUGGCAACAAUAUUAAAAAAGUGAUGGAAGAAACGGGAUGCCACAUCCACUUUCCAGAUUCCAACAGGAAUAACCAAGCAGAAAAAAGCAACCAGGUAUCUAUAGCAGGACAACCAGCAGGAGUAGAAUCUGCCCGAGUUAGAAUUAGGGAGCUGCUUCCUUUGGUGCUGAUGUUUGAGUUACCAAUCGCUGGAAUUCUUCAGCCAGUUCCCGAUCCUAACUCCCCCUCGAUUCAGCACAUAUCACAAACGUACAACAUUUCAGUGUCAUUUAAACAGCGUUCUCGAAUGUAUGGUGCUACUGUGAUAGUACGAGGGUCUCAGAAUAACACCAGCGCUGUGAAGGAAGGAACUGCCAUGCUGUUGGAACACCUUGCUGGGAGCUUGGCAUCAGCUAUUCCUGUGAGCACACAACUAGAUAUAGCAGCUCAACAUCAUCUCUUUAUGAUGGGUCGAAAUGGAAGCAACAUCAAACAUAUCAUGCAAAGGACAGGUGCUCAGAUCCACUUUCCUGACCCUAGUAAUCCACAAAAGAAAUCCACCGUCUACCUCCAGGGCACCAUUGAGUCCGUCUGUCUUGCAAGGCAAUAUCUCAUGGGUUGUCUUCCUCUUGUGUUGAUGUUUGAUAUGAAGGAAGAAAUUGAAGUUGAUCCACAGUUCAUUGCUCAGCUGAUGGAACAGCUCGAUGUCUUCAUCAGUAUUAAACCAAAGCCAAAACAACCAAGCAAGUCUGUGAUUGUGAAAAGUGUUGAGCGAAAUGCCUUAAAUAUGUAUGAAGCAAGGAAAUGUCUUCUUGGACUUGAAAGCAGUGGGGUUACCAUAGCAACCAGUCCGUCCCCAGCAUCGUGCCCUGCCGGCCUGGCUUGUCCCAGCCUGGACAUCUUAGCUUCGGCAGGUCUUGGACUCACUGGACUAGGUCUUUUGGGGCCUACCACCUUAUCUCUAAACACAUCAACAACCCCAAAUUCACUCUUGAAUGCUCUUAAUAGCUCAGUCAGUCCUUUGCAAAGUCCAAGUUCUGGCACCCCCAGCCCCACAUUGUGGGCACCCCCACUUGCUAACACUUCAAGUGCCACAGGUUUUUCUGCUAUACCACAUCUUAUGAUUCCAUCUACUGCCCAAGCCACAUUAACCAAUAUUUUGUUGUCUGGAGUACCCACCUAUGGGCACACAGCUCCAUCUCCUCCUCCUGGUUUGACUCCUGUUGAUGUCCAUAUCAACAGUAUGCAGACAGAAGGCAAAAAAAUCUCUGUUUCUUUAAAUGGACAUGCACAGUCUCCAAACAUAAAAUACGGUACAAUAUCCACUUCAUCACUUGGAGAAAAAGUACUGAGUGGGAAUCACAGUGAUCCAUCUAGACAAACAACUGGAUCUGAGCAGGCAUCUCCCCAAUCAAAUCCUGCAGAAGGUUGUAAUGAUGCUUUUGUUGAAGUAGGCAUGCCUCGAAGUCCUUCUCAUUCUGGGAAUGCAGGUGACCUGAAACAGAUGCUGGGUCCCUCCAAAGUUUCCUGUGCCAAGAGGCAGACAGUAGAACUGUUACAGGGCACGAAAAACUCACAUUUACACAGUACUGACAGACUGCUCUCAGAUCCUGAACUAAGUGCUGCAGAAAGUCCUUUGGCUGACAAGAAGGCUCCUGGAAGUGAGCGUGCGGCCGAGAGGGCCGCAGCUGCCCAGCAGAACUCUGAAAGGGCUCGCCUGGCCCCACAGCCAUCAUAUGUCAAUAUGCAGGCAUUUGACUAUGAACAAAAGAAGCUAUUAGCAACCAAAGCGAUGUUAAAGAAACCAGUGGUGACGGAGGUCAGAACACCCACAAAUACCUGGAGUGGCCUUGGGUUUUCUAAAUCCAUGCCUGCUGAAACAAUAAAGGAGCUGAGAAGGGCCAACCAUGUGUCCUAUAAGCCCACAAUGACAACCACUUUUGAGGGCUCAUCAGUGUCCCUCUCAAGGUCCAACAGUCGUGAACACUUGGGAAGUGGAGGUGAAUCUGGUAACUGGAGAGACCGAAAUGGAAUAGGACCCACGAGUCCUAGUGAAUUUGCUGGUUCUAUUGGCAGCCCGAAACGAAAACAGAAUAAAUCAACGGAGCACUAUCUCAGCAGUAGCAAUUACAUGGACUGCAUUUCUUCGCUGACAGGAAGCAAUGGCUGUAAUUUGAACAGCUCUUUCAAAGGCUCUGACCUCCCUGAGCUCUUUAGCAAACUGGGCCUGGGCAAAUACACAGAUGUCUUCCAGCAACAAGAGAUCGAUCUUCAGACAUUCCUCACUCUCACAGAUCAGGAUCUGAAGGAGCUGGGAAUUACGACUUUUGGUGCCAGGAGGAAAAUGCUGCUUGCAAUCUCAGAACUCAAUAAAAAUCGAAGAAAGCUUUUUGAACCCCCAAGUGCACGUACCUCUUUCCUGGAAGGCGGAGCAAGUGGGAGGCUACCCCGUCAGUAUCACUCAGACAUUGCUAGUGUCAGUGGCCGCUGGUAGCAGUACCCUCCAGGUGCACACCACCAACUCUGUCAAGUUGGACACAGGAGAUCUGUGAACUGCCUUCACUGCACACCAUCCUCAGUCCUCUGGGUGUCUGUUAUCAGGACCAAAGCAUUUUAUUCACACCUGAACUUAGUGCCAAAAAGGAAGAAAAGAGAGGAGAUGAUCUUUUGUCAUCAUACAGACUGCCACAUUUGGAUGACUAUUUUUUUAAUGGCAAUCGGACAGAAUUUGCAAUUUGAGGGUAGGGCUUUAUUUCCUGUUUCUAUUUACCUAAAUAACAUAUGCACUGAUUUUUUACUUAAGAUGAAGGAUUAAUUGACAUCUGGGAUGCCAGAAAACAUAGAGGUUUGUUUGUUUGCUUGUUUUGUUUAGGUAUUUGGGGAUUUAAAAAAAUAAUCAAAAUGGGAUUUUCUGGUACUGCUUUACAAUAAUCAUUGAGGUCUUUCAGCACUUUACACUUUCUAAUUUCUUAUCCUGUGGAAAUUAUCCCUCUUUCUCUCAUUUUCAUGUCACCUGAUGUAAUGGUACAAAUGAGAUUUAGUCAUACUUUUCUGACUGUCAAAUUUUUUUUUGAAAUGGUACUGGAUUAUUAGUUUUAUGCAAAUAUUUGGGAAAUGUUAAUGACUCCACUUGGUUCUGGACCAGUUCUGUUCAUUGGUGUCAACAUACUAGAAACAAUUAGCAAUGAACCUAUUUCACAUAACAGGUGCAAAGAAAGACCAAGUGAACUUUGCAAUAUUAACCCUUUGCAGUAAUCAUAUUUUGCUGCUGCAUAUAUUGCUAAAAUGAUUUUAAUGGUUGUCUCAAGGCAAAGGGCUAUUCUUUAGUAUACUGCCACUAAAGGACACUUAUUUAUAUAAAACUUUUAUUUUUAGAUAUUAUAAGCAUACCAUACAUAACUGAUUAAAUUGAUAUCUACUAAAGUUUUAUGGUAGAGAAUGAAUGGCAUUUAAUAACUGGAGCCCUAGAUUGUCACUUUAUUUAAAAAAGACAAAUAAUCAUCUGACAAGACAGCACUGUUGCCAUUAAGGAGAGAAAUAAAUUGCUGUCAUUAUCAUGUACACACUAGCUGUGCUCCAUAUGGUCACAGAACUUUCUAAAACCGUAUCUGUCUGCUUGAAGUAGACUUGUGUUUGUUGAGAAUGGAAAGGCUUUUUUUUUAAGUUUCCAGGGUGACAGUUUAUAAAAACAGCUGAGUUCCAAAGGAAAGCAAAAAACAAAAAGAAAGGAAGGAAGGAAGGAAGGAAGGAAGAAAAGAAAAGGACUAUUUUCUAAGUGGCUAGACUCAUUGUUACUCUCUUAUACUGUGAAAGUCCAAGAAGUCAGGCAACAUUGUUUCUUAGGUCUUUUGAGACAUCUUAUUGUAGAUGAAUGAAAGGUUUUCAAUCCAUGAAGAAAAUCACUAAGUGCCUCUCUUUCUUCAAAGCAAUAUUAUUUCCACGUGUAUUAGUUUGUUGGAAAACUUUCCCACAGGAAAGGUUUUGAAUUGCCUGUACUGUAAUGAGUUAUUUAUGUUCAGUAUUCAAGACUUUGUACAUGGACAUAAACCACUGUCAUAUAGUCUCAGCAGAAUGCAUUACAUAAGUAUAUAUAAUAAUUGAGGACUUUCAUACAAAUGUGGGAUCAGACGGAUUCACCAGACAUUUUUCCAUGACUAAGUCUUACCAUUAAAGUAAGAAAAAGAGUUGAAGAGAAGUUUUGCACACAGAAAAAAUUUCACUUUAAAAAAUAAUAUUGGUAACCUAGAAGGCAUAGACAAUAAUGCACCAGUCAUAAAAUUAUGUCAGUUAUAACAUUACUAAGGGGAUGCCCAUUCCCAAACUAAAUCUUACCUGCUUAAGAGAACUAAAUUUGCCUUUUGCAAGUACAACAGAAUCACCCUGUGCACAUGUCACAUGUACACAGAUCAUCACAUGGAGCUCCCUACCUUACAUGGCUGUAUGAACACAUCAUGCUACACAUUCAGCAUGGGGUGAGCAUUCAGACUUGAUUCCUGUUGAACAGUUCAUUGCCUUAAAUUUUAUUUAAUAAGUCCUUCCUAAAUAAAUUUGAAAACAAACAACAACAACAAAAACCCUAAUCAUUUAGAGCUCUUUCCCCAGCUCUUUAUCAUGCAGUUGCAAUAGAGGAAGAUGGAAUGAAUUUGCAGUAUUAAGUGGAUACAGGUUUUAUGAACAGGCUUUGAUGCUAUGCCAAAGAGAAAACUGUCCCAAUUAAACUAGAUUCAAUGGGGUGGCUAAAAAUAAAUUAAAACACUGGAAAUUACCUUUCUCACUUUCUCUUGAUGCAAUGAAGGGAAUAUGACACUACAGUCUGUGGUGUUCUCAGUGUUAUAUGAUGCACAAAAUAUUUGGAUUAUUUGAAUAAAUGUUAAUUUUUAAUCAAUCUGUGCCUUAAUAGUGACCGGUUAUCUGUAAAUAGAGAACAGAUACAGAUUGUAUUUUUGUGUGGGUUUUUGUCCUUUUAGUGAUUUUUUUUAAUGAGAGAUGGAAUUAAACAUUGAAAAUGGGAAUUUUUUUCUAAACUAAUCAAUUAUUAUACGAAAAAUAAAUUUAUAUAAUCCCUUUGUAUUGCCCUUGCUA